GGUACAUGUGAGAAAUCAGGAGAGAAAGAAACGUCUUAUUACUCGUGCUGUUUUGUGCCUUUAGAGACCUUGUAUCGUCAGAUGCAAUUUUGAAGGAUGAAGCGCCUUUAUGUUGGUGGCCUUGGCCACACAAUAUCUCAGAAAGACCUUAGAGAUCGAUUUGGAAAAUUUGGUGAGGUCUCUGAUGUGGAGAUAAUAACAAGAAAUGAUGAAUAUGGGGCUCCUCUGAAGACAUUUGGUUAUAUCAAUAUAAAUAUUACUGAUUCUGACUUCAAAAGAUGUGUGACUGUCUUAAACAAAUCCAAAUGGAAAGGCGGUACAUUACAAAUUGAAUUGGCUAAGGAAAGCUUUUUACACAGACUUGCCGAAGAGCGACAACAAGCAGCCAGGAAGGUUCAAACACCAGCAAUUGAACCCAAAGACAAAAUAGUAGAGUCUCUGAAGGCAGCUGGUGUUGAGGACUUCCACAUGAAAGCAGCUGUUCCGGGCACAGAGAUCCCAGGCCAUAAGAAUUGGGUUGUGAGCAAAUUUGGAAGAGUCCUUCCUGUCCUUCAUCUUAAAUGCCAAGGGAAAAACAAAGUCUUUAAAUAUGAUCCAUCAAAGCACUGCCACAAUAUCAAGAAACUGGACCCUAAAGAGGAUUCCACUUCAGUGUCCAAAUUGACAUGGGAGUUAGAUGCUUGGAAUGAUGAAAUCAGCAAGAAGAGAAGAGGAGAGUUCCCCCCACAGAAAAAGAUCCUUAAGAAGAGCAAAAUUGAUUCUGUCACAAGAACAACUCCAUGUGAAAUUCGCAAAGUGGCUGCCAGUGAGAAGAGGAUUUCGGUUCGGGUUACACAAGAUGAUACCAUGGCAAAAGAGGAGUUAAACCCUCUUGGACAGAAACACAUGUAUGUUCCUUUGGCAAAAGGAAAGCCAAACUAUCUUGGACAGAAACACACAUGUGUUUUGGAUAGUGAUGCUGACUCGGAGGAUGAAAUAAGGAUACUGGUUGCACAAGCGCGUUUACAAGAUCGAAAAUUAGUCACUACAGAAGACGAUGAUAAAUUAGAGGUGGUUGGAGAUGACUUUGUGGUGAAGUCCACCAUGUUCUGUGGUGGAGGGGAAAAUGACCUGAAAACUAAACUUGAAUUAACAUUAAAUAUUGAUGAGGAAUAUGACUCAGCUGACACAGAUGAAAUACUCACUCAGAACAAGAAUGCAAGUAAUACUGAUUGCCUAACCAAAUAUGUACCAGUCAGUGAAUACACUCUUCCAAAAUCCAGUAAAGAUAAAGUUAAAGGGAAGAAGAAAGAUGCCAAGAAGGAUGCAAAGCCUAGCACAGAGUCGGAUCUUAGUGAUGAAUCGUCUAGUGAAAGUUUAGAUUCUGAAUAUAGAGCUAUGAUGGGUAACUGCCAUAGGCUGGACCUCUCUCUAGCGGAUUUGGAACAUCUUGUUCAAAACUUGGAGGAAGCGGCCUCAGACGAACGUAACGAUGAGUUGAGUGACCUGACAACUGGGCCUAGUGACCUGCCCAAAGCAUCACCAAGCUCUGAAACAAUGCCUAUAAAAGCAGCAUCAAAAAAGAGGGGUAAUAACCCAGAGGAUAUCUUGGCUUCUCUCUUUGAACCUGACUUUGAGAAAGAGGAGAAAAAGAAAAAUAUUGCAAAAUUAUCUCUUCCUGCUUUUAUUGGUUCUAAGGACCUUUUUGAUUCAGUUCCUGUAUCUUCAAGGUCAAGGCUCAAAAGACCAGCAGGAUAUAUGGCCAGUGAACCUAAAGGAGAAUCCAAAAAACUCAAACAAGACUCAAAAACCUUGUCAAAGCAACGUGCCUUAGAAGGUAGAAGCAAAAAUCAGAUGUCUGAACCUUUGCAUCAAGAAGACGCAGUUGCAACAGGAGGCCCGGUUCGAUCCAUCCCCACAGAGAAAGAGGAAAAAAGGACUCCGCUUCCCCAUACUGGUUCUUCAUCUAAAUGUUGUUCAUCUAGCGAUGAAAUGGAGAGUGAUGGUUCUAACAGCUCCCUAUCCACAGAAUCAGAGACAAGUGAAGAGGAAAAUAAUAGCUCAAAUGUAGUUCUUGGGGCCGUGGAUGUCCCCAGUUCUAAACAGACCCACGUAAAUGCUGCAUCACCAUUUCAGCAAUCAACUGCUUCAGACCUACUCAAGCAGCAACAGGAUAACCUAAAACGUCUUGCCGCCCUAGAGCAGAGGCAGAAAGAGGCGGAGCAACAGAAAAAACUUAUUCAAGGAGCUCUUUCUACAUUGGAUUACCCAAAUGCAAACAAAGGGAAGCACAUUGUGUUUGAUUCUGAUGAGGAAGUUAAUGAUGACAAGGAAAACCCUACAGUCCAGAAAAAGAGCCUAUUUGAGGAGUCCUCGCUGUCUGACGUGGAAGAUGGAUCAGGAGCUCAAGGGAAAAAAGGCAUCAAAGAAAAGGAGUUCUCAAAGGCAGGGUGUAGCAAAUUGUUUGAUAGCAGUGAGGAUGAAGACGGCGGCAAAGAGGAAGAUCGUUUCUGGAUAAAACCCCAAUUUGAAGGCAAAGCCGGGCAAAAGUUAAUGGAAUUACAAUACAGAUUCGGAACAGAUUCAAGGUUUCAGAUGGACGCAAAGUUUCUGGAAAGCGAUGGUGAAACAGAGGAACCAGAUGCAGAAUCUUCUGAAAUGGCACCUGAACAGGAUCUCAUCAAAGAGAAGAAGAAAAACCUAUCCAUCCUACAGAGCGUUCUUAAUGUAAGCAUUCAGCCAAGUAACAUGAGUAAAGCACAAGGGAAAAGAAAGACCUUCAGGGAUAUAUCAGCCUUGCAUUACGACCCAACAGAAGAGGCACACACAGCUUUUGAAACCAAAACAGAACCACCAAAAAAAGAAAGUAAAGCUGCAAGACGAAAGAAACGCGAGGAGGCAAAGAAACUUCCAGAAGUUUCUAACAAGAUUUAUUAUGAUGUGAUGGUGGACUUGAAAGAGUCCUUUGGUGCGCUGAAAGAGAGCGAAGGUGACAAGGCAGAAGUUCCAUGGGACAAACAGGAUGAUGAGGAUGAAGCAACAGGCGAAUACACGCACUUGCCGUCUUUCUCAUCCAAGUUCGAAACCCAGAAAGAUGCAUCAUGUGGUUUUAAGUUCUCUUUUUUUGGAGAUAAUACAGUAUCAGAUACCAUCCCUAAUACAGCUGAAUACAAAAUUGAGACUUUGAAAGGGGCGAAAAUGCCAUGGCACGUGGACCCUCGUUUCCAGGACAGCAGUUCAGAGGAUGAAGAUGUGGAGGAGGAAGAGGAAACGAAAGACCAGACAGCCUCCAUCACCACCACCACUCAAGAGCUGGCCCCGACAAAAAAGCUUUUCUUUUUCUACGAAGGGGACAUAAGGUUAAAGGAGGGGCCUGGUAUGUUCUAUAGGAAUGAGAGACUGGAAGACCAGAGAGAUUCAUGGGAGGAAAGGAGAGCAGGACUUAUAGCGGACUACCGGAAGAAGCACAAGGAUGCCCAAAGAAGACAAAAUGUAAAAGUAAAAAGCUGAAUUACCUGCAAAACUACUCUGACUUAAUUUACUCAGCAAAAGGACUUUGUAUAAUUUCCUUUUUUUGAGAUUAAGAUGUUACUUCAGGCAAAUCUGCAAACCUAAAUAAUGAGAUUUCAUUUAUAUAGUAAAACUAAUUUAAAUUUAAUACCGGAAUGUAUUAAAUUCAUGUUCAUAAAUGUAAAUGGUAUCCUUUCUUUGUAAUUAAACUUAACAUUUUCACCACUGGAUGUCAGAGUUACUGUAGCAUUUAGGUAUAGUGUUCCCUCAGCUUUCUGUUUGUUUUAUUAUAUAUAUAUUAGUGGGUGUGUGUGUUUUCUCUUUCA